CGCGCGCAGGUCCGCGGGGAGGAGCGGCCUGCCAGAGGGCCCACCCCGGGGCGUCACUGUAGGGCGCCCUCGGCCGCCCCCGCCGCCCCCCAGAUGUACUAUGCGCUUUCCCAGGCGCGCGUGAACGCGGCCCCCGCGACCAUGCUGCGGCCACAGCGGCCCGGAGACGUGCAGCUCGGGGCCUCCCUGUACGAGCUGGUGGGCUACCGGCAGCCGUCUUCCCUCUCCUCCUCCUCCUCCUCCUCCUCCUCGUCCACCUCCUCCUCCUCCACGACGGCCCCCCUCCUCCCCAAGGCGGCGCGCGAGAAGCCGGAGGCGCCCGCCGAGCCGCUGGGUACGGGAGCCGGGCCCGGCGCGCACGCGGGCGGCGGCUCCCGGGCGGACGCCAAAGAGGAGCAGCAACAGCAGCUGCGGCGCAAGAUCAACAGCCGCGAGCGGAAGCGCAUGCAGGACCUGAACCUGGCCAUGGACGCGCUGCGCGAGGUCAUCCUGCCCUACUCGGCGGCGCACUGCCAGGGCGCGCCCGGCCGCAAGCUUUCCAAGAUCGCCACGCUGCUGCUCGCCCGCAACUACAUCCUGCUGCUGGGCAGCUCGUUGCAGGAGCUGCGCCGCGCGCUGGGCGAGGGCGCCGGGCCCGCCGCGCCGCGCCUGCUGCUGGCCGGCCUGCCCCUGCUGGCCGCCGCGCCCGGCUCCGUGCUGCUGGCGCCCGGCGCCGUGGGGCCUCCCGACGCGCUGCGCCCGGCCAAGUACCUGUCGCUGGCGCUCGACGAGCCGCCGUGCGGCCAGUUCGCGCUCCCCGGCGGCGGCGCGGGCGGCGGCGCGGCGGGCCCGGGCCUCUGCACCUGCGCCGUCUGCAAGUUCCCGCACCUCGUCCCCGCCGGCCUGGGCCUGGCCGCCGUGCAGACUCAGUUUUCCAAGUGAGAGCCCGCCCGGGCCCGGGGCGCAACCUCGGCCCCGCGUUCUGCCGCCCCGCUUCUCUGCGCGCCCCUCCCGCCCUGCACCCGGGGACAGCCGGGCCGGGCACGGAGGACACUUCCAACCUUCCCGGCCCGAGGAAGGGACUGUGGGGCGCCCCCUUCCCCGCCCCCACCCCGGGGAAAUUAAAGUGACGCGAGCGGAUGUUCGACGGAGCGCCGGGGACGUUUGGGGUUCUGAGCGGAUUCCUGCCUCUUUGGGCGGCAAGCGCUCGCUCCCAGCCCCACUCUUGCCCAGCGUCCGUCUCCCCCGGUCCCGGAGUCGUGUGCCUGGUGGUGGUGGUGGCGGGGCGGGGUGCGGUGGGUUUUAAGGCACCGCGCGCCUUGCUCUGGGUGAGUCAGGAGACCAGUCCCAGCGCCAAGGCUCAAAGAGGCGACACCUGCCAAGUCAGGGGGCCUAAUGGCCCCUCUCCGAGGGCAGGGAAAGAGUUCUUUUCCUUCUCCCCAGCCAGAGGUCACAGGCACCCUUGUUCCCACCAGCCUGGUCCUGUCACGGGAGGCUGCCUGACCUCAGGAAGCCGAGAAAACCCAAUUAGUCCGUGCAGACGGCCCCGGGCUUAGCAGGACCGACCUCGGCGGCGGCCGCACGGUUGGCACCGCGGUGCCGCGGGAGGCGGGCGCGCUGGCUUGGGAGGUCGGUCCGCUUUUGUACCCUGGCUGUUAGAGUGCAAUUUUUGAGACUCGCAUAACCAGGUGUUUUGUGGCGGAGAGUAUUCGCUCUUACGUCCUGGGAUCUUCUUCAAAAGACAGUUCAGAACCUGAGAUUCUCCAGUGUGUUUCCCCUUCCCCCAGGGUAGCGUAACCAACGGCGCUUGCUUAGAAACAAAACCAACCACCAUUGACGCAGGCGGCGUUCUCGGUUCACUAAAACAGGUAACAAGGCACUUCGCAGCCGCCAGCCCGUCUUGUCCGAAAGCGGGAUCGAGCGCUAAUUAACGUUCUCCUUGCAAGACGCCGAGGAAGACCUGACGCCCCACCCGCGCGGCUCGGCGGGUCCCCGCUGCGGUGGCGAUGGCGAGGUGGCGCUUUCCGUGCUGUCCCUUGGGGUGAGGGAUCUUUGAAAAGCGCUUUCGGCAGGUCCUCUCGCAGCUUUACAGUUGAAGAACUAGAUGGCCGGUCCUGAUUUGUCACAGACGUUAACAAAUUAUUUCACCCGAGAUUAUUUGAUGACCUUUCAGCAGCUUGCUUUGAAUUCUGUGUUUAAGGUUUUUUUGGUUGUUGGUAGUAGCC